AGGCAGGAGAAAAAAUGAAAUAAUCGCGAAAUAACAACUAACUUAUGAAUAUUCCAGAAGAUGUUGAGCAUACUACGGAUUCAGGGAGCGGUGGCUUCGGCGGGACAUGUGCGUCUAAUGUCCGCCCGCCUACUGGCCAGCAGUACCUCCACUGACAUGACCACAACUCGAAGCGAAUCUACGAAAUCGCCGGCAACGGAGCACUUUGAUAUAAUCAUUGGAGGCGGAGGUCUGGUGGGAACCACUUUGGCCGCAGCUCUGGCGAAAAAUUCCACUCUUGCGGACAAGAAGGUUUUAUUGCUGGAAGGUGCACCGGAGUUCCGGGGAUUUGAUCCCACUGGACCUUAUCAAAAUCGUGUAUCCGCCAUCAACCAAAACUCCAUUGAGCUUUUCAAAUCCAUAGAUGCCUGGUCGCACAUCGAAUCCGCCCGGUACAAGCCGGUCAAGCAGAUGCAAGUUUGGGAGUCUAACACGGAUGCACUGAUCCAGUUCCAACACGAUAACUUUGCUAGUGAUGUGGCUUGCAUCAUUGAAAACGAUCUGAUCCUGGAUGCGGUCUAUGCGCGAGUUAAUGAAGCCCCUAAUGUUGAGAUACUAAACAAGGCUAGAAUUCAAUGUGUCCGCCUGCCCAGAGACUCGAAAUCCAAUCUCUCCGAGCUACAGCUGCAUGAUGGACGCUCCUUUUCCUGCGAUCUACUUAUAGGAGCUGAUGGAGCUAACUCUGUGGUCAGGAAGGAAAUGAAUGUAGAUGUGUUCUCGCUGAACUACGACAGAAUGGGCCUAGUGGCCACCUUAGAACUGGGUGAAGAUGCCUGUGAUAACUCUGUGGCUUGGCAGCGAUUCUUGCCCAAUGGACCUGUGGCUUUGUUGCCUCUAACGGAUAGACUGAGUUCCCUGGUAUGGAGCACCACCAAUGAACAGGCCAAAAAACUGCAAGCCCUGCCGCCAGGAGAGUUUGUAGAUGCUCUCAACGAAGCCUUUUGCAGGCAAUAUCCUCGCGUGGAAGUUGCCGACAAGGCCGUCCAGGCUCUGAACUCCUUGUUUGGACACAAUUCCAGCCAGCACCAAGUCCAGUAUCCUCCUAAAGUUUGUGGUGUUCAAGAUAAGUCUCGAGCUACCUUCCCAUUAGGAUUUCUGCAUGCCUCGUCUUAUGUUUGUAAUGGAGCCGCCCUCGUUGGCGAUGCAGCACAUCGAGUGCAUCCUCUCGCCGGACAGGGUGUAAAUUUGGGCUUCAGCGAUGUGAGGUUUCUGGUGGAAUCCUUGGCAGCUGGAGCCUACGCUGGUUUCAAACUGGGCGACAAGCAGCAUCUCAUCAAAUACGAACGCAAAUGUCUGGCCAAGAAUGUUCCCAUUAUGCUGGGAGUCCAUGGAUUGCAUACCCUCUACUCCACACAGUUUAGUCCAGUGGUUUUGCUCAGGAGUCUUGGACUUCAGCUGACGCAGAAUAUGCCCCCCAUCAAAAAUUUGUUUAUGCGGGGAGCAAUGGGUCAGUAGACCAACGACAAUAAAUGGUUAAAUCGGGGAAAUUAAAUCUUAAGCGUUUAAAGUUUUUCACAUCUCUUGUUAGUGGAAUAAAGUGAAAGUUUAUAUCAGA